AUGCUGCAUCUCCAAGUCGCCAGCCCCACCCUGGCCCUGCUCAGCCUCUUGUUGCUGCUGGUGGCUCUGGGCUCUGACCACUGGCUGCUGUUAAAGGAAAACCAGGUCGUGAUGCAUUCGGGCCUGUGGAAGCUCUGCAUGAAUCUGGGGUGUCUGAUACCUUUGAAUGUACCAGAUCUCAUUAAUGCCAGCAGGGCUUGCCUGAUCCUGGCCGUGAUCGCCGGGUUGCUCUCCUGCUUGGCUCUCCUCGCCUCGUUCUUCUGCUCCCACCUCGGCUCCGUGUCCCUGACCCUGGUCUCCGCCGUGGGCAGCUUCAGCGCCGGUCUCUGUGCCACCGUCGCCAUGGCCAUGUUCACAUCCCAGAGCACGAAGACCAUAAUGAUCACCUCGCCUCAGGUCAGCUUCGGCUGGUCCUUCUACGUCGGCUGGGCCGCCUGCCCACUCUCCCUCCUAGCCAGUGUGGUGACACAUUGUUCCCAAGGAUCCUCAUCCCGCUGA